ACGAUCAAGAUUAAGACCAGGAUCAAAACCGGGAUCAAGACUAGAAUCAAGAUUGGGAGUAAGAUCAUCUAAAUCUAAAUCAGGAUCUGAACUGGACUGAGGGCCAUGGGGCUUCUGCAGGAGACAAAGAAGAGGAAGAAGAUCAUAGUGAUGGUGCUGGCAAUCUCAGUGGUCACCCUGAUCCUUGGACUUGGUCUGGGGCUAGGUCUGGAGCUGCAGAGGUGGAAGGACAAAGUGGUCCCUCCCACAUCCUGCAGGGGGCGCUGUUUUGAGCCAUUUGAUGGAGAGGUUCCUGGUUGUCGAUGCGUCCAGCUUGUAACAACACCCACAGCUUGCUGCUAUGACUACUAUGACAUCUGCACACAGCCAGUGGAGCAGUGGGAGUGCACGCGACUGCGCUGUGGAGAGAAGAGACUUUCCAACAGCAAGUGUCACUGUUCAGACGACUGUGCUGCUAAUGGAGACUGCUGCACCAACUAUAACAACGUGUGCAAAGGAGAGAAGCUGUGGGUGCAAGGUGCCUGUGACGACCUGUACUCCCCCCAGUGUCCACCAGGGUUUUCGAAGCAGCCGCUUCUCCUCGUGUCUCUGGACGGAUGGAGGGCAGAAUAUCUACAGAGCUGGAGCCAACUAGUACCAGUGAUCGACAAACUGCAGAAAUGUGGAACAUCGGCUCCUUUCAUGCAGCCAGCAUUUCCCAGCAAGACUUUCCCUAACCACUAUACCAUAGUUACCGGUCUGUAUCCAGAGUCCAACGGUCUGAUCGAUAACAACAUGUACGACCCGGACAUGGACAAGUCCUUCAGCCUGUCCAACAGCGAGAAGAACAACCCCGCCUGGUACCUGGGACAACCGGUCUGGCACACGGCCUCGUAUCAGGGUCUGAAGUCUGGGACUUUCUUUUGGCCUGGAUCCGACGUCAAAGUCAACGGCAGCUUUCCCAACAUCUACAAACCCUAUGACGGUAAAGUCCCAUUUGAGGAGAGAGUCUUCACUGUUCUGAAAUGGCUCCAGCUUCCAGACGACGAGCGUCCAGACUUCCUGACGCUGUACCUGGAGGAGCCUGAUAAAUCUGGACACAGCUAUGGUCCGGUCAGUGGAGGGCUGAUAGAAGCUCUUCAGGAGGUGGACCAGAUCCUGGCUCAGCUCAUGAACGGUCUGCAGCAGCUCGGCCUUCAUCGCUGCAUCAACAUAAUCAUUGUCGCCGACCACGGUAUGGAGGAGACGAGCUGCGAGAGGAAGGAGGCUUUGCAGGACUUUGUGGGAGACGUGAGCAAGUACUGGGUGACAGAGGGACCCUUCGGACGAGUGAGAGCCCGAGACAAAAACACAGAAAUUGACGCAGCUGGACUGGCCGCCAAUAUGACUUGCCGCAGACCGGGGCAGAAGGUCAAAGCAUUUCUGAAACAGAACCUCCCCAAACGUCUCCACUUCGCCCACAGCCGAAGAAUCGAAGACCUCACUGUCCUUGUGACACCCCAGUGGCUCUUUGAGAGAUAUCCUGGAUCUCUGACCUUUUGUUCUGGAGGGAAUCACGGCUAUGACAACGACGUGGAGAGCAUGCAUGCCAUGUUCUUGAGCUAUGGGCCCAAGUUCAAGUCUCAGACUGUGGUGGAACCGUUCUCCAACAUUGAGUUGUAUAACCUCAUGUGUGAUGUGUUGGAGAUCAUUCCGGCUGAGAACAACGGAACCCACGGAGCUCUGAACCACCUGCAGAGGGAGCCUUUCUUCAGCCCCUCCUUCCCCCCAGAGCUGAGCCCUGCUCUGGACUGUUCCCUGACCAGCCUGACCCCCCCUGAUACCCUAGGCUGUUCCUGCAACCUGCUGAAUGACAGCAGCAUCAACAACAGACUCAACCUAACCUCAGAAGAAGUGGCUGCAUCAGAAAGGACCCAUCUACCUUUUGGACCUCCAGCUCUGCUCCAGGGGGGUCAGAGCCACUGCCAUCUCCAUCAUGAGGGCUUUGUGAGCGGGUACAGCAGGGACAGACUCAUGCCUCUGUGGACGUCCUACACACUCCCCAAAUCUCCCUCCCCUGGUCCUUUGGGUCCUCUUGUCUCAGACUGUCUCCGCCCUGAUGUUCGGGUUCCUCCAAACCAGAGUUCCUCCUGUGAUGUCUACAGCUCCAAGAACCUCAGCGCCGGGUUCCUCUUCCCUCCAAAUCUGAACUCUUCAGCAGAGCAGCAGUUUGAUGCUCUCACCACCUCCAACAUCAUCCCCAUGCUCCCAGAGUUUAAGAGGAUCUGGAGUUACUUUCAUGACUCUCUGCUCCCACGAUAUUCAUGGCUCUAUGAAGAACUAAAUGUGGUGAGCGGCCCAGUGUUUGACUAUGACUUCAAUGGACGAUAUGACUCCUCGGACCAGAUUCUUCAGUGA